GAACAGGGUGUAGAGGAUGGGACUGAGUACACAACCCUGUGGAGUGCCAAUGUUUGUGAUGAUACUGGCUGAAGUCCUAUUACCAAUCCUGACAGACUGAGGCCUGCCAGUCAGGAAGUCUAGGAGCCAGUCACAAAGGAUGGGAUGCAGACCAAGUGUGGACAGUUUGUGGGUGAGAGAGGGAAUAGUGAAUGGCAGCAGCAAUGGCAUCUGAAGUGGACCUGUUGGACCGAUAUCAGAUAAGACUCAUUUGGUUGGGAGGGACUUAAUUCAACAAUAAAUAGAGCAUCAUUUCUGAGCACAAUAUUGUUCAACUAGACCCUCUUCACAGACUGCUGCAGAUAACUGCUGAACUGUGAAGGUCUUCUGUGAGGUUGAUACAUUGAUACGUAUUCCAGGAUGGCCAUCCGUGUGAUUGUGUUUCUAACACUUACUGGACUGUGCGUCGCUGAUUCCAAAGGGAAUCUUGCUCUUGGAGGAACAGCUGUCCAGUCUACCACGUACGAUCAUUUAGCAGCUGCUCAAAAUGCUGUUGAUGGCAACAGGAAUCCAAUUUACACUAGUGGGUCAUGUAGUCAUACUGCUUGGGACAGGGACCCCUGGUGGAGAGUUGACUUGCUGACUGUCUACAAGAUAACCAGGGUUAGCAUCACUAAUCGUAGAGAUUGUUGUGCAGAGAGAAUAAAUGGUGCUCAGAUCCGUAUCGGCAACAGCCUGCAAAAUAAUGGCAACAAUAAUCAGCUGGCUGCGACUGUUGUGUCCAUCCCACUUGGACAGACAAAAACAUUUGAGUUUAAUCCUAUUAAGGGGCGAUAUGUCAACAUUUUCAUACCUGGGCGCAAUGAACAUCUCACACUGUGUGAAGUUGAGGUGUUUGCAGAAAAGGAUACACCAUUGCACAUUUGUGUUCCAAGAAAUCUUGCUCUUGGAGCCACAGCUGUCCAGUCUUCCACAUACCCUCAAUCAGGAGCUCAAAAUGCAGUCGAUGGCAACAGGAAUCCAAUUUUCAGUCGACAAUCAUGCAGUGCAACUAAUGGGGACAGGAACCCCUGGUGGAGAGUUGACUUGCUGAAUGUCUACAAGAUAACCAGGGUUAGCAUCACUAAUCGUGGAGAUUGUUGUCCAGAAAGAAUGAAUGGUGUUCAGAUCCGUAUCGGCAACAGCCUGGCAAAUAAUGGCAACAAUAAUCAGCUGGCUGCGACUGUUGCGUCCAUGCCACUUGGAGAGACACAAACAUUUAAGUUUCAUCCUAUUAAGGGGCGAUAUGUCAACAUUUUUAUACCUGGGCGCAAUGAAUAUCUCACACUGUGUGAAGUUGAGGUGUUUUCAGAUUAAGUGGAAUGAGAUGAUGUUACACCACAGUCCACUGAUCCUAUAAGCAAAAUACCAAACUACUGUUUUCUGAGCAAUACUAAUAUUGCACUUUUUUUUGUUUUCAUUUUACCUGUGCACCUUUUAUCCUUAAGAUAAAAGAUAAGUUUCAGUGCACAUUCAGUAAAGGAAUGAAAUGGGUCUUAAAAUGUAAAAGAUGACUUUUACUCAUCUUUGUUUAUCUUUGCUUUCUACAUGAAUAAAUUACUUCAGCAUUGCUUGUUGUAUUUCAUGUUUCUGGAUCAAAAAGGCUCAUUUAGAUAUUCACAAUGAGGAGGAGGUGUAGUGUUACAUAGCUACCCAUCUAGAGUUGAGGAGCUGGAAACAAAGUUAAGAAGAAUUACAUUUUUUCAUAAAAGAGAAAGGGAAAAAAGAAACAUGGAUAGAACAAGGAUGUCAAACCUUCUUUCCCAGAAUUAACAACACAACCACCAAUUCAACCAAUAUUAACUUUUAAUUUUCUGUUAUAAAGAGUAAAAAAAAAAAAAAAAAAAAAAAACUGCACAAAAGUAACAAUAACCAUAACAGAAAUAUCAAAAAGAAUAGUAAUGAAAAUAGGAGCAAUAGCUUCAGAGGAGAUCCAGGCCAAAAUAACCCCCAAAUCUCUCUAAAUUACCUGGAGAAAUAUAAUCCAGAAAAAUAAUUGACAUAACUCUUCCCUCUCUCCCUGUUUAACCAUAAAUAGGAGAAAAGCAGGAUUACAAACAAAAAUUGCACCCUCCACUUACAUUCCUCAAAACAAGAAAGAAAUAAAGAUACAGAAGAAACAAGCUGUUUACAACAUAAAUAAAUUAAAGAGAGUGAAACAUGUUCAACACAUUCCAGUCUCUUUCUGUUAAGAAACAGUGCAUCACAAAAUCCUGAGCUCACUUACUCAAACAACUCAAUAUGAAUCAACUCAUGAUUCUGGGACGGAAGCAGCAGGAAGUAAUCACCUUCAUGAAAGGAAGUCUCUCUCUCUUUCUCUCUCUCAGUCAGCUCGGCCGUGAUGUCGAGCCACACACACACACAC